CCUCAGGUUAAUUCAUCUCCUCCCUCUGUUUCUUCUUAGGCAUUCUUUGGGAAUGCCUCGCGCCUGUCUGCUCUCGAUGGGAAUCGACAUGCAUGGCUCCUUCCGAUUCGCCUGCGAGCGCGGAGCCAAAAAUACCUGCAGCUCCCCCCCGAUUCUCCACUCCAGCGCUCGCGUCGCCCCAAUCUUGGUCGCCCGCACCGCCGUCUCCGCUACUCGCAUCGCCCCUCUCCACGAGACCCCGCCGCCCCUCUCGAAGGUUUGCGCUGUCUUCUCCUCCGCCGCCUCCCUCUCUGCUCGCGCCGCCCCUCUCCGAUGCCGGAUUUCUAGAGGCCGCCAUCACCCUUCUCUACCUUGGAUGAGCGCUGUGCUGUCGAGCACGAGGCUGCGCCGGAGCUCUCCGCUCUUCUCCCUGGCCAACGGAGGUCGAUUCGCACUGCCGGAGGUUGAUUCCUCACGUCGGAGAUCGAUUCCCAGUGCUUGAUGACGAUUCGCGCCGCUAGAGUUUGAUUCGCGAUCGCCGGCAGCGUGCGCUGGAGGAGCGCCAUCGUCGCCCAGACUUGGAGCCGGUUUGAAGCGCUGCCAAACGCACCUUUCCCUUCUCUCGGACUCUCUCCUCCCUUGCUCUUCCUUCCCUGGCGGCGACGACUGGGCGAGCGGCGGCGCCAUUUGUCCUGUCUUCUCCCAGCCCUUUACCGGCGACGAGCGCAUCCUCCAGGCCAAGAGCAAAUUCGCCACUGCCGCGACAGUGCAAGAAGAUAAAACUAUGGCAGCUUCCAAGGACGAUGUCGACCAUCUUCCCAUAUACAAGCUGGACCCCAAGUUGGAGAAAUUCAAGGACCAUUUCAGCUACCGGAUGAAAAGAUACCUGGACCAGAAGUGUGCCAUUGAGAAAAAUGAGGGGUGUCUUGAAGAAUUUUCUAAAGGCUAUUUGAAGUUUGGGAUCAAUACAAACAAGGAUGGAACUGUAUAUCGUGAAUGGGCACCCGCUGCACAGGAGGCACAGCUUAUUGGUGACUUCAAUGACUGGAAUGGUGCAAACCAUCAGAUGGAGAAGGAUAAAUUUGGUGUUUGGUCAAUUAAAAUUGACCAUGUCAAAGGGAAACCUGCCAUCCCUCACAAUUCCAGGGUUAAAUUUCGCUUUAGACAUGGUGGGGUAUGGGUUGAUCGGAUUCCUGCAUGGAUUCGUUAUGCAACUGUUGAUGCCUCUAAAUUUGGAGCUCCCUAUGAUGGUGUUCAUUGGGAUCCUCCUGCUUCUGAAAGGUACAUGUUUAAGCACCCUCGGCCUUCAAAGCCUGAUGCUCCACGUAUCUAUGAAGCCCAUGUGGGGAUGAGUGGUGAAAAGACAGCAGUAAGCACAUAUAGGGAAUUUGCAGACAAUGUGCUGCCACGCAUACGAGCAAAUAACUAUAAUACAGUUCAGUUGAUGGCAGUUAUGGAACAUUCUUAUUAUGCUUCGUUUGGGUAUCAUGUGACAAAUUUCUUUGCAGUUAGCAGCAGAUCAGGCACACCAGAGGACCUUAAAUAUCUUGUUGAUAAGGCACACAGUUUGGGAUUACGAGUUCUGAUGGAUGUUGUCCAUAGCCAUGCAAGUAAUAAUGUCACAGAUGGUUUAAAUGGCUAUGAUGUUGGACAAAGUACCCAAGAGUCCUAUUUUCAUACGGGAGAUAGGGGCUAUCAUAAACUUUGGGAUAGCCGGCUGUUCAACUACGCUAACUGGGAGGUAUUGAGGUUUCUUCUUUCCAACCUGAGAUAUUGGAUGGAUGAAUUCAUGUUUGAUGGCUUCCGAUUUGAUGGAGUUACAUCAAUGCUGUAUCAUCACCAUGGUAUCAAUGUGGGAUUUACUGGAAAUUACAAGGAGUAUUUCAAUUUGGACACAGAUGUGGAUGCAGUUGUUUACAUGAUGCUUGCAAACCAUUUGAUGCACAGCAUCCUGCCAGAAGCAACUGUUGUUGCUGAAGAUGUUUCAGGCAUGCCAGUCCUUUGUCGGCCGGUUGAUGAAGGUGGAGUUGGGUUUGACUAUCGCCUGGCAAUGGCUAUCCCUGAUAGAUGGAUUGACUACCUGAAGAACAAAGAAGACUCUGAGUGGUCGAUGGGUGAAAUAGCGCAUACUUUGACUAACAGGAGAUAUACUGAAAAAUGCAUUGCAUAUGCUGAGAGCCAUGAUCAGUCUAUCGUUGGCGACAAAACUAUAGCAUUUCUUCUGAUGGACAAGGAAAUGUACACUGGCAUGUCAGACUUGCAGCCGGCUUCACCUACCAUUGAUCGUGGGAUUGCACUCCAAAAGAUGAUUCAUUUCAUCACAAUGGCUCUUGGAGGUGAUGGCUACUUGAAUUUUAUGGGGAAUGAGUUUGGUCACCCAGAAUGGAUCGACUUUCCAAGAGAAGGGAACAACUGGAGCUAUGAUAAAUGCAGACGUCAAUGGAGCCUUGUGGACACUGAUCACUUGCGAUACAAGUACAUGAAUGUGUUUGAUCAAGCAAUGAAUGCGCUCGAUGAGGAAUUUUCCUUCCUUUCAUCACCAAAGCAGAUUGUAAGCGACAUGAAUGAGGAGAAAAAGGUUAUUGUAUUCGAACGUGGAGAUUUGGUUUUUGUUUUCAAUUUUCAUCCCAAGAAAACUUAUGAUGGGUACAAAGUUGGAUGCGAUUUGCCCGGGAAAUACAGAGUAGCACUGGAUUCUGAUGCUUUUGUCUUUGGUGGACAUGGAAGAGUUGGCCAUGAUGUUGAUCACUUCACGUCGCCUGAAGGGGUACCAGGAGUGCCUGAAACAAACUUCAACAACCGCCCAAACUCAUUCAAAGUCCUUUCUCCACCCCGCACUUGUGUGGCUUACUACCGUGUGGAUGAAGAGGCUGAGACAACUGGUGCUGGAAAGACUUCUCCAGAAAUCAUUGAUGUCGAUGCAACCCCCCUCAAAACACCUACAGCUACUACAGAAGCGUGUGAGGAAAGGGAAUCGACAAAGGAUGUUUCUGGCAAGAAGGGAAGGAAGUUAGGGCGUCAGUCAUCCGAUAAAAGUACCAAAUGAUGCCACGAGUCCAUGAUCAGGACAGGACUGGCUGCUGGCGCCCUUAUAAUAGUCCUGCUCUACUGGACUAGCUGCUGGUGCCCAUGUAAUUGUCCUGGUCUAUAGCUCAUAGCGAACUGGUGUCGUCACCAAGUACUGCGUGUAUAGUUUGUCUAGAGAGUGAAAAUAAUAGGGGCAGAGAUGGUGUGCCCAUAGAGGGACCAUGGUCUUCACCUGGCUAAAUGUGUCCGGUAUGUAAAGAAGUUCUGGUCCAGAAUAAAAAACUUUGGUUUGUUGUACCUCGUACUGCCGGCCUUGAUAAAGAUGUUAAUGCGCAGAUAUAGAAGCAUGUAUUGUUAGUC